AUGCACGAAUUCUACACAUAUGUCUGGCAAGACACCAAGAGAUGGUUCUGGAGAUUCCUGUACAAAUGGACUGGAAUAACCUGGCUGGUUGGUCUAUUCAAAUGGUCUGGUCCGUUAUAUCCCCUGAGGAUUUUGAUCGGAAAACCAGCACCUGUGCCUUUUCAGGACGCAAGAGGCGGGUUUGAUAUCAUUGACGGACCGGGCUUAUUUGAAGAAGAGAGAUUCCGCGGGUUCACUGAGGGCCACUUUUAUCCCGUGCGCAUCGGAGAUGUCCUUCAUGACCGAUAUACGAUCAUAGCCAAGCUUGGAUAUGGUCUCACGUCCACAGUCUGGCUUGCCGGUGACCUAGAAGAUAACAUGACGGUGGUUUUGAAAGUAUACAUACGCGAUGACUACAAAGAGAAGUUCAACCACGCGCAAAACGAAAUCAGAGCAAUAAAUACUCUCAUGAAAAUACCCACAAAGCACCGCGGACGGAAAUAUCUCAGAGACGCAAUCUCCUCUUUCAGACUCGAUGGACCGAAUGGAGAACAUACCUGUAUUGUCCAGGGUCCAACGUGGCAGACCAUCGAGGACCUUCGGAAGGCUCACUGUGGCGUCUUACCACCCAUCCUCGUCAAAGUCAUCUUAAAUCGCAUACUUCCGGCGUUAGAUUUUCUGCACACGGAAUGCAAGCUUAUCCACACUGAUAUCAAAGGAGAGAACAUUUUCCAAAUAUUCGAUAAAAGCGCCGUCAAAACUGUGUACAACUUUGCUUAUGCCGAGAUGAUGCACCCCUCGUCUCGCAAGUACGUUGAUGGCAAGACCAUCUUUGCUUCGAGGAGGUUCUCACCACCGCAACUCCUAACAGAUUGCGUCCUGGGGGAUUUCGGAGCUGCCCUUGCGGGAGACCAAGAAAGGCACCAUUGUGCCCAACCAGAAUGUUUUCGAGCACCAGAGGUAAUGCUACAAGCGGACUGGAGUUAUCCGGUUGACAUAUGGAACCUGGGUGUUCUUGUCUGGUACUGGGUACAGGGGGAGGUCCUGUUUGACGGCGGGGAUCCCAAGAGCACCGACGACGAAUGCCGCUACAGUACUCGAAAUCAUCUUGCAAAUGUGAUUUCCGUCCUUGGAUUUCCUCCCCUUGACUUCGUCAAACGUGGCAGAAGAAGCCAUGAGUUCUUUCAUCAAAACGGGCUUUGGAGGGCCAAGGACUUCAGGCCUAAAAGCAGGCCGUGGGAUAAACGAGAUUUAAAGUUGCAAGGCUAUGAGAAUGAAUUAUUCUUGGACUUUAUGCGGUGUAUGCUUCGGUGGCGACCUGAAGAUCGGAUGACGGCAGCCAAGUUGAGUGAGCAUCCUUGGAUCAAUACUUACACGGACGCAGAGCAAGAUGUGAUGACAAAUUUUGUGGAUGAUUUGGAAUAA